AAGAGUCACUGUCAAUGAAUCGGAUAAAAACGAUAAAAACACAAUAGAACGUCAAUUAACUAAACCCAAACUGUUCCAAUUGAAGACCAGUCCUGUAGUUUCUUGUUGAUUUGACUUGUUUUAUCUUCUUAUAUUCUUUCAUACAACUUCAAUGAUCUUAACGUUCAUUUACUGUUUUAAAUUAUAGCUAGAAGGAUAUGUAAAAUACCAAAAUGAGUAUAAUAACUUCAGAGUCUCUCAAAGAUACCGUGACAGUUUUAAUAAACGCUGCCGGAGAUAAUGAACAUUCUGUGAACAACGUCAUUAUAAAAUCACUCGCGAAAAUAGCGAACACAUAUCCGAACGAAGUCAUCGCUAUAUUUUGUGAAUUCUACAAAGACACUGUGAAAGUGAACACUACACUAUUGGGAAACAUUAUCAAGGUAUUAGAACAAACAUGUGUCAAUCAAGUAAGAAAACUAGAUCCAAAAGUAGCAACAGAGCUUGUGAGCUCAAUGCUGCGAGCCAUGACUGAAAAUGUUGGUUAUGAACCUGUGACACAGCUGGGGGCUUCUGCUGUCCUUGUUGCCGUGGGCCAUGAGAAUUUAGACUUGGCACUCCGCUCAUUGAUCAACCAACUUUCCCCAGCAACAGUACCACAUUAUACAAUACCCCACACACUUGGAACCCUCGCAGCCGUUAAUACACACGGUGUUGUCCCACAUAUUAAGGAGAUACUCAGUAAAAUGUUGCCGCUUCUUUCGUUGGUGAAGCAGGAUGGAUUGAAACAGGCAUUUGCAUAUGCGUUCGGCCACUUUGCAGUAGCUGUCUCCGAACAUAUUGGAGACAACGUGGAAAACGACAAUAUUACUUCUAUUAAAGAAAAUUUCGUCACCGAAUUCACAAUUAUAUUUGACGUACUUUACAAUCAGUGGUUGCCUUCAUACGAGCCGAAAGUUUCUGAAUCAGUUCUGGAAGCUCUUGGACCGAUAACAAGACUUAUAUCCGAAAGACAGUUCAAUGAAACGGUCAACAAAUUCGUUCUGUCAUUAUUGGCUUUAUAUCGGAAACCAAAUAUCAACUAUUAUUACAUCAGUCAGUGUCUAUCUUAUUUAUUAUCUCCGUCGACACUCAAUCCGAAGUUAGGGUUGAAUGAGAAUGUCGUUACGUCAAUAAACCACGUCCUAUUCCAUUUGGUUGUGCUGGAGCCAGAUUAUGAUCAACCACAAACCGUUAAAAAUCAUUUCGAAGUUUUACGAUGUUUCGAUCACAUGGCCAGACAGUAUUCUGAUCAAACGAUCGAGGGACUCCUACAUCAAUGCAAAAACAACCAGGAAAAGGAUAGAAUGAAGGCCGUUAUAAUAUUGACUCAUUUGACGACAUCGUCGCAAGUCUUUAUUGAUAAUUACUCGAGCAAAUUUAUAACGUUAUUAAAAGUCAUGACCAACAUGGAACAUGGUGUGAAAAUGAAGAAGUUGUUAGUCAAAGCUAUUGUAGGCUUAGUGUACAGGAACUGCAUAACGACCCCCGAGGAUUUUUCCAUGAUAGAAUUCAUAAUUAAACAUUGCGGAUUUGAGGGCCCAGCGAAUGUGUCAUUUUACGAGAUCUCAGACUUACAGGAUACCUGUAAGAAUUCUUUAAUCCUAAUGUGUAAUACUGUGACAAGUAUACGUGGUCAGCUGAGAAGUUUGCUCUUAUCUGCACUCACUAUUGAAGACUUAACUCCAUCUAUGUCCACGGUUGCACAUUGUCUGACAUCACUGUUCCAAAAUAAUUCUAAUGUAAUUGAAGGUGAUACAGUAAAAGGCUCAGAAAUCAAAUAUUCGUCUGAUUUGGUAUUUGUUCGGUGUAUCACCCACAUUGUGGAUCCAGAACAGAAAGAAAAAAACAAGAAUCUACUCGUGUUCCUCGAAGAUUAUUCUGGGGACGUACACAAAAAUUUGAAAAAUUCAUGGACCAUCGAAUUACAGCGGCUGCUGAAAUUUGUUGAUAAAAGUGAAUCGAGGGAACAAUGGCACAGUAUGCUAUUAGAUUUAUUGGUAUCUGCUGUCGAUCAAGUUAAUAACGACAAGUGGGUAGAGACUAUAGCGACUUUGAUCUCGAAGCAGAUUUUGUCAAAGAAACAGCAUCCUAUGAUCAAAGGAGUCUCGUUACAGUAUCUGGCAACGCUGUCGUGUCACAUACCGAACGCUGCUGUCGUUGAGUCCACACUCAAGAUAAUACUAUUUUCCCUAAAAUCUAUUCCGAUAGAAAACUGUGAGUAUGUUAGUAAAGCAAUAGGUAUAGCUUCUCGGCAACACGGAGAAUUUUUAUUGAACGAAUUAGACGCAGCUUACAAGGAAAAUGAAUCGAGAAAAGGUAGUAAAAUAAUGAACUUCCUUUCGUCAAAGAACUCUAAAACUGAAUUGGAAAUUAAUAUUGUGAAAUAUGCAUUAAUCACUUGUUAUGGUAAAGUAGCUGCUGAUUGUUUAGAUGCACACGUUUUGGCAAGACUUGGGGAUAACGUUACUUCAAUUCUAUACGAUAUACUGAAAUCUGGGCCUGCUUUCGACUUGUGUAAGGCAACAGUAACAACUUUAUACGAAAUAGGCAAAGCAUUGCAUCCUGCAGCUCACCAUAAUGUAGUUCUCAGAAACCGUUGGCAGUUAUUAAAUGCGGUUUUAGAACAAAUUUACAACUCGAAUUUGGAGAAACGCAAUGUCGAACUUUACCCUAUAAUAGUUAAAGCAUCGAACGCAUUGACUAAACUCCAAAAAGGUAUUUUGCCGGAAGAAAGAAACACCAUUCUGAGGGUAUUAUUUAAUAGCAUAUUCGGAGAAUUGUCGUCAUUUAAGCGUAAAUAUGAAGCCGAUGGGGUUGACGGAAUAAACGACAUACUGGCAAAAACUUUGAAUGACAGCUUAAUAUUGUUGCACCAACUAAUAAAAGAGCUUAUAAUCCAGUCGACUUGCUUAAGCACAAUCGAUGACUUAAUCGGGUUAUUAACAGAAUGGCUGAGACAUGAAAACGAUGAAAUACGAACCGCUUCAGUACUGAUACUUCAAGUUAUUUUCGAUACGUACAUAAAAAACGUGAGGCUGAAUUAUGAGACGCCAAGUAAAUUCGGUCAGAUGGGAUACCUAUUGGGUCUGGUCGUGCCUGGUAUAGCAGACACGAAUUUUCCUGUGCGCUUAACAACUAUAGAUUGCAUAAAACUAAUAGUACAGAUUCAAGAUUUAUACGAAGGUCACACCAUAGAACCAGGGGAUCAGUGUAUGGUCAACCUAACUCGACUGCAGAACAAUGUUUUGACAAAUGAUUUGAACAUGAUCAGUGAUUACUGCGUAGUUCUUUGUAACACUAUAACACCGAAGAUACCGCACCGGCACACGAUGCAAUUCAUUGAAAGUAUUUUGGAGUGUUACGAUAGUCAAGAACAUAAAAGCGUUGGGAUUAGUGCUGUCCUGGACGCAUUUUUCAUUAAGAAAGGUCAGGAUUUGUUCCAAAAUAUCGAGAGGAUAGUUGAAGUGAUGUUGAGUACAAUGGACGAGGUCAAUGAAGAUGCGAGGGUGAAGCUCAUGAGGCCGCUGACGUCAUUAACACGUCAUCAUUCUAACGCCGUCACUGCUGUUCUACUGAGCCAGAAGCUACCUUUAAAACCUUGUGUAGUGUCAUGUUGGCACCACCUCGCCCGGGACGAGAGCUUGUCUGAGGCGAUCACCGAGAACUUCUUGAGAUUGAUGACGUCAGUGGAGCUGUAUGAGGAUCCGUACCACGUCAUCGACAACCAUGUGGCUGCUCUCCAGCCUUUGACUCUAAUAAGUGCCUUAGGCGAGAUGCUGCAGGAGUCCACGAUGAAGGCCACGUGCAAAGCGAAGUUCUCUGAACUGUUCUCUGUGCUGUACACGACCCUGGCGUGCUACAUCGACGCUGAGCCGCCGGCCUACUCCCACUCCGGCAACAAGAUGCAGGAGAGGUUCGGUUUCGUACCUAACAGGGAGUCCGUCAGGCUGUCACCGGCCAAGAUCACAAUCAACGCUUUUAGCGCCUUUUUGGAGCAAGCUGACUGUCAGAAGGUCCGUGAAGCGUGUGCCCUCUGCCUGAGUGUCGAGCACGGCGAUUCGGCUACGACACUCCUAGAGCUGGCACCGAUAUUAGGAGGGGCGGUGUCACGCGAGUGUCCGCAACAUUUGGCGAAACUAGUGUCGCGCGUGUCGGCGUACGCCAAAUCUAGUCUGCCGCCACAACGAUGCGCGGCGCAUGCCUUGUUGGCCGAUCUGCUUAAUUACAGAUGCAACGAUAACAACGUACUGAUAGAGUCAGUGAUGGCGACGCUGAACACCGGCUGGAAGGACACGUGCGACCGCGUGCGAGCCACCUGUCUGCGCGGCGCCGCCAACGUGGCGCAGCUCCGCGGCGACGGGCGCGCCGCCCACCUCACGCACGCACUGCACGCGCUCUCGCAGGGAGUCGACGCGCGCUCCGACACGCCACCAUCAGACAACGUCCCCCUGGCCUCGAUCCAAGGGCUCAGCCGGCUGCUCACAGAGCUAGACCACGUCGACGCGGAAUAUGAUCGCGAGCUGUUGUCGAUAUCGCAGAAGAUACGUCCGUACAUGAACACGGAGUGUCCGCAGCUGCGGGAACAUUCCAUUCGUCUGUUCGGCGUGCUGGCGGCGCGCGUGCGGUCCGACGCGCUGGUCGACCAGGCCGUGAACUCGCUGCCGUGCUUCUUGCUGCACCUGUGCGACAACAACCCCGCCGUGGUCCGGGCGAGCAAAUUCACCUUGAAACAAGUGUUCAAGAUCUUCAACGUGAAGAAAUCGAACGACCUGGUGCAGACGCACCUGCUGGACGAGGGCCGCCUGUACCUGGACGAGUUCCUGUCGGCCCUGCUGCGGCAGCUGGCCGACGAGCUGCCCUCCAGCGUCGCCAGCUGUCUGCGCGCCGCCGCCCACUACCUGCACUGCGCGCGCGACGAGCUCAGGCCGCACGCGCCCACGCUGCUGGGUCUGCUCUACGCGGAACUGCUCCGCAUCAGAGACAAGUACCCCGAGGACACGGAGCUGGAGCUGGACGUGUCGCGGUCGGCUCGCGCGCGCCUCCUGCAGCUGAUCAAGGACAGCAGCCCCGCGGUCAGGCAAAGCUCCGCCAUGGCGCUGGCGAACCUGUGCCUCGUCAUCGCUUCGGACGAAAUGAACGCGCAAUAAAAUGUAAAAAAUUGGUUACAACGCCAUCUGUGUUACAUUAAAUGAAACUAUGUGUCAAACAUGCCUAUGGUUAGUUUCUACCAAAAAGGUUUCAUGCGCCGAGUACGCGCGGUCGCAUUUGUUAUUUUAAUUCAGUUAUUAUUUAAGUCAAUUUGAAGUACGAAUUAUUCCGUCUACUGCAUUGAUAUAGGAUCUGUAUUACUAUGGUCAUUUCAAUAUCAAAAUCUUUAAAAAAAUACCCUGUAUGGAGAUUCUCGUGAAUUCAAGGCAGUCGUCACACUGAUGUAUUCUGUUAUAAUGUUAACUUUCAACAAGUGAUAGAAUCUCUGAGAAAAGGAUAGUCUGCGUGGGGUCCCGUUGCCAUAUUCGGUGCGAAAGCAAAAAUAAAAAAAAUUUAAUUCACUUGUAGCCAACACUGUAAUAAUGGACAGCGUUGCCAAUGAUACGACUACAUUGUCCUAACGCAGUAGAAUUAACGAAAAAGUGUAAUUGUGAGAAAAAUACGUAAUUUUUAUUAGAACCCCGAUUUAUAAACACAAGAAAUGAAAUCUUUUUCUUUUAUUUUAUGAAAGUAAGCUUAGAAUACACCGGCAUUAUAUUCAUAUCGUUCCAUUGAAACUUUGUUUAAUAAUUGUAAUGUUAAUAUUGUAUUUGUAAAUUUAGGAAACUUUCUGAAUUAUAAUAUUUUAUUACAACAGACAAUAAAUACAAUCGAAACGAAUAAAAAAUUAAUCUCAUUGUUAUAAUUGUUUUAUUUUUAGAUUGUUUUCUGUAUAAAAUUUAAGACUGAAAAAUGAAAUUCCAAAAAUGAAAUAUAUUGUUUUUCUCGUUACACAGAAUUGUUAUAAAUAAUAGUUUUUAUUUUUAUUUUACUUUUUUUUUAUUAAUGUAAUCUCUUGAAAAUGUACAAUAAUUGCAUAUUAUAAUUUUGUCACAUACGUCAAUUUUGCCAAACUUAUGUAUUUGUCGAAAAAAAAACACUCAAUUGUGAUGAUGUAAUUAAUUUAUUAGACACUGCACCGAGACGAAUCUAUAUUAAAUGUUUUAAAAAUAAAGCUUCAAUUUCCAUGA